AUGUGCGCGUACCUCCGCGCGGGCCGCCUGGCCGACGCGCGGGAUGUGUUCGACCGGAUGCCCGCGCGCGACGCCGCCUCCUACAGCGCGCUCAUCUCGGGCCACGCGCGCCUCGCCGGCGGCUCCGGCUCCGCCACCGCCGCCUCCGCGGAGCUGCUCGGCCGCAUGCGCCUCGCGGACGGGCUGCUCCCCACCGAGUACACCUUCGUGGGCCUCCUCACCGCCUGCGCCCGCAGGGGCAACCCGCGCCUCGGGACGCAGGUGCACGCCCUCGCCGCCAAGUCCGGCCACGCCUCGUCGCUCCUCGUGGCCAACGCGCUCCUCGGCAUGUACGUCAAGUGCGGCCGCUUCGGGGACGCGAUGAGGGCGUUCGACGGCAUGGACCACCGCGACGUCUCGUCGUGGAACGCCGUCCUGGCCGGGCUCGUCGAGCUGGGGCGGCACGAGGAGGCGUUCGAGCUGUUCGGCGAGAUGCGGGCUAGCGGGGACGUCUGUGCCGACAGGUUCACCCUGUCGGCGCUCCUCACCACGGCGGGCCAGGGGUUUGGCCAGCCCCAGGGCGAGGCCGUGCAUGCUCUGUCGCUCAAGUCGGGGCUGGAGACGGACCUGAGCGUGGGCAACGCGCUCAUCGGGGGUUCUACGCGGAGCAUGGGGCCUCUGUUGCGGAUGUGGUGA